GUAUGGGAACUGACUGCUAACAAUGUCAUCAUGGUCUCUGCUAUUGGCAAUGAUGGCCCUUUAUAUGGGACUCUCAAUAACCCUGCUGACCAGAUGGAUGUGAUUGGAGUAGGUGGCAUUGACUUUGAAGAUAAUAUAGCUCGCUUUUCGUCUAGGGGAAUGACCACUUGGGAGCUGCCUGGAGGUUAUGGUAGAGUGAAGCCUGACAUUGUUACUUAUGGCUCUGGAGUGAGAGGUUCUGGUAUGAAAGGUGGAUGCCGCUCUCUCUCCGGGACAAGUGUAGCAUCUCCUGUGGUGGCAGGUGCUGUUACUUUGUUAGUAAGCACAGUUCAAAAGCGUGAAAUGGUGAAUCCAGCAAGUAUGAAGCAGGCACUUAUUGCGUCAGCACGUAGACUUCCUGGAGUCAACAUGUUUGAACAAGGACAUGGCAAGUUGGAUCUUCUGAGAGCUUAUCAGAUUCUCAACAGCUAUAAACCACAGGCCAGUUUGAGUCCAAGCUAUAUUGACUUGACAGAAUGUCCCUACAUGUGGCCCUAUUGUUCUCAGCCCAUAUAUUAUGGAGGGAUGCCAACCAUUGUUAAUGUUACUAUCCUUAAUGGCAUGGGAGUCACUGGGAGAAUUGUAGACAAGCCAGACUGGCAACCCUAUCUCCCCCAAAAUGGGGAUAAUAUCGAAGUGGCUUUCUCUUAUUCCCCUGUGUUGUGGCCUUGGUCUGGAUACUUAGCAAUUUCCAUCUCUGUAGCAAAGAAAGCAGCAUCUUGGGAAGGAGUAGCUCAGGGUCAUGUUAUGAUCACAAUAUCAUCCCCUGCAGAAAAUGAAUCUAAGAAUGGUGCAGAGCAGACUUCAACGGUGAAGCUUCCAAUAAAAGUGAAGAUUAUUCCUACUCCACCUCGUAGUAAGCGAGUCCUUUGGGAUCAAUAUCAUAAUCUCCGUUAUCCACCAGGAUACUUCCCCAGGGAUAAUUUGAGGAUGAAGAAUGAUCCGUUAGAUUGGAAUGGUGACCAUAUCCACACAAACUUCAGGGACAUGUACCAGCACCUAAGGAGCAUGGGGUACUUUGUUGAGGUUCUUGGUUCCCCAUUUACAUGUUUUGAUGCAAGUCAGUAUGGGACUUUACUGAUGGUGGACAGUGAGGAAGAGUAUUUUCCUGAAGAGAUCACCAAGCUGAGGAGGGAUGUGGAUAAUGGACUUUCACUUAUAGUGUUUAGUGACUGGUACAACACGUCUGUGAUGAGAAAAGUCAAGUUUUAUGAUGAAAACACAAGACAGUGGUGGAUGCCUGAUACUGGAGGUGCUAAUAUACCAGCUCUUAAUGAUCUGCUUUCUGUCUGGAAUAUGGCCUUUAGUGAUGGGCUGUAUGAAGGCGAUUUUACCAUGGCAAAUCAUGAAAUGAAUUAUGCAUCAGGAUGCAGUAUUGCAAAGUUUCCAGAAGAUGGCAUUGUCAUUGCACAGACUUUUAAGGAUCAAGGUCUUGAAGUUUUAAAGCAGGAGACUGCUGUAAUUGAAAAUGUCCCUAUUUUGGGACUUUACCAAGUUCCUUCCGAAGGUGGUGGCAGAAUUGUUUUGUACGGUGACUCUAAUUGCUUGGAUGACAGCCAUCGACAGAAAGAUUGCUUUUGGCUCCUGGAUUCCCUCCUGCAGUACACUUCUUACGGGGUGACGCCGCCAAGCCUCAGCCAUUCCGAAAACAGGCAGCGACCACCGUCAGGAGUAGGCUACUCUCUCCCGGAGCGGAUGGAAGGUAACCAUUUGCAUAGAUAUUCAAAGGUGCUCGAGGCUCACCUGGGAGACCCUAAACCCCGGUCCCUUCCUGCUUGUCCUCACCUGUCCUGGGCCAAACCACAGCCUUUGAAUGAGACUGCCCCCAGCAACCUUUGGAAACAUCAGAAGUUACUGUCAAUUGACCUUGAUAAAGUGGCUCUGCCCAGUUUUCGACAGAACCGACCCCAAGUGAGACCGUUGUCCCCUGGAGAAAGUGGAGCAUGGGACAUUCCUGGAGGUAUAAUGCCGGGCCGGUACAACCAGGACGUAGGGCAGACUAUUCCGGUCUUUGCUUUUCUUGGUGCCAUGGUGGUUCUGGCGUUCUUUGUGGUGCAGAUCAACAAAGCGAAGAGCAGGCCAAAGAGACGGAAACCACGAGUGAAACGACCGCAGCUUAUGCAACAGAUUCAUCCACCAAAGACGCCUUCUGUGUGAAAGCUUUCGCUUGCCAAAGAUGACCUCCUUUUACCGGUCACUUCCCUGGGCGAUCGAUCACUCCCAGUGAAGGUGCAGCGAAUGCAGCACUGAUCGUACUAGUAGUUCGCACCUGACAUCAUCUCAUAGUCUUUGGUUUCUGGAGAUAAAAAAAAAAAAGGACCUCAGUUGAUCACCUGUACGUAAAACUGCAGCUUUAAGCAGCCGAAGCCACCAAAGACUUGAAUACUGUUCAAAUGGCUGCUUAAUCACUAUGUAUCCCAAGAGGGGGAAAAUGGACCUUUUUUUUUUUAAGCUGACCAAACUAAAAUUUAUUUGUUUAGAGGCUAUUUUCUAUAUUUAUUGUUGGGGAGGGCGGGGGGGGAAAAGUCACUUUAAAGGCCUCUACUAAGGAAAAACAAGUGCAUUUUUUUGGACAGAAUGCAAUUUUCUAGAAUGGUAUUAGGCUGAAGAGUAUAACCUACACCGUUAAAGGAGAGAGAGGGUGAGAGAGACCAGUACAAAUUGGUGAGACAUACCCCUGCAGUUUAUUUUUAUAAAGCCAACUGCCAUGAUGUUUUGUAAUUUUUGGUCAUGAUUUCACCGUUGUUGGUGAAGCAGAUUUUCAAUAAAUGUGUUAUCUAU